AUGUCAACGACUUUCAACCCCGACGACUUCCCGCACAUUAUUGAGGCUGUUGUGUGGUCCUCGGACUGGCCGACUCUGCUCAAACUACGGCUCGUAUCGUCGAGGAUGAAGCGUCUCGUCGACCCUCUCCUAUGCAAGGACUUGCUCGAGUUGUCGACUGACUCGACCGGAGACCUCACCGUCAGCGCCUGGAUACCUUGGCUGUACGACCAUCCCCUCUGCAUACCCUACUUCCACCCGUCAGGGAACGAGUUCAUUCAGCGAGCAGCGAUGAACCGGGCGAAACGGAUACGCGUCAUCUGCGAGCGUGCAACGUUCCGACUGAACGAGUUGCUCCAGUGGAUUAGCCCCGAGGCUGAAGUUGUGUUUCUGCACUCACCUGCGGCAGUGUUCGACGUGGACACCCGUAUCCCAGUCUGCGCCGGGCUCACGAUUGAAGCACAGAUCGACCCGCACUGUGCCUGCCAGGACGAGUCGCGGGGAAAGCUCACCCACCAGUCCAAGGCCGUUGCCAUACACUUCGUCAGCGGUGGUGGGGAGGAGCGGUCAGGCCUGCCUCGUUGUGUCGUCCUUGACGGGGCGGUCAACCUCGGUGUUCACCACUUGGACCUCGUCGACUACUUCAGCGACAUUCGGCCCAUGCUCUGCGGAGACGCGGAUAUCGAUACUCAUCCCGAGCUGCGUGUUCGUGUCAAGAAGCGGUGGGGAUCAGGAAGCGAGAGAGCUAGGCUCAAGCUUGCAGAACGGUUUAGCGUCGAGGAAAGCCGCGUCUAUUACUGGUAG